AACUCAAAGCGGAGUGUGGAGGAAAAGUGAGCGGGGGCGCAGAGGAGAGAAUAGCAUCAAGAAGAGAUGAGCGCAGCUCAUAGACUGUGUUUUUAACCUUUAGCGUCAACAAGCCAAGGCACGGAUUGUAACCCAGAACCUGAAUAUGAAUCUUCUUAGCUGCACUGGAAGUGCUCAUGAGUUGGACUGAUAUUUAGCAAGCUACUACGUUGCAUCCCUAUCCGUUUCCUCCUUCUAACACUGACGUCCAUCCGCUGCAUAAAGCAAGGAGAGAGGAAAAAAAAAAACUUUGAUUACACAUUUUUCCUGUACGGGAAGCAUUUGCCUCUGGCUUUACCGGUAAGCAUUGGAUCCGUCAACUUACUGCGACUCUCCGGUGUACAGCCCGGACCUCUGCCCAAACAUGAUUGCGACGCAGGCAAAGCUGGUUUACCAGCUAAAUAAAUACUACAACGAGAGAUGCCAAGCGCGCAAAGCGGCCAUUGCGAAGACUAUAAGGGAGGUUUGCAAAGUGGUGUCGGAUGUCCUGAAAGAGGUGGAAGUGCAGGAGCCACGGUUUAUCAGCUCCCUUAGUGAGAUUGAUGCACGUUAUGAGGGGAUGGAGGUCAUCUCCCCAAAUGAGUUUGAGGUGGUGCUUUACCUCAACCAGAUGGGGGUGUUCAACUUUGUGGAUGACGGCUCUUUGCCCGGCUGCGCGGUGCUGAAGCUGAGUGAUGGCCGUAAAAGGAGCAUGUCUCUGUGGGUCGAGUUCAUCACUGCCUCGGGCUACCUUUCAGCCAGAAAGAUUCGAUCAAGGUUUCAGACUCUGGUGGCACAGGCCGUGGACAAAUGCAGCUACCGUGACGUGGUAAAGAUGGUAGCCGACACCAGCGAGGUCAAACUGCGGAUCAGGGAACGGUAUGUGGUGCAGAUCACCCCUGCGUUCAAGUGUACUGGGAUAUGGCCUAGAAGUGCAGCUCAGUGGCCAAUGCCCCACAUCCCCUGGCCCGGUCCUAACCGGGUGGCAGAAGUCAAAGCAGAGGGUUUUAACCUCCUCUCCAAAGAGUGCUACUCCUUAACGGGGAAGCAGAGCUCAGCAGAGAGCGACGCCUGGGUCCUGCAGUUCAGCGAGGCCGAGAACAGGCUGCUCAUGGGCGGCUGCAGGAAGAAGUGUCUGUCCAUCCUGAAGACUCUGAGGGACCGUCACCUGGAGCUCCCGGGACAGCCGCUCAACAACUACCACAUGAAGACUCUGCUGCUGUACGAGUGUGAGAAACAUCCCAGAGAGACGGACUGGGACGAGUCUUGCCUCGGAGACCGACUGAAUGGUAUCCUGCUGCAACUCAUAUCCUGUCUGCAGUGCCGCAGAUGUCCCCACUACUUCUUGCCAAACUUGGACUUGUUUCAGGGAAAGCCUCACUCAGCCCUGGAGGCUGCUGCGAAGCAGACUUGGAGACUAGCGAGGGAAAUCCUCACCAAUGCGAAAAGUUUGGACAAAUUAUAAACUUGUUGGUCGAGGCAGCGCCGAGAAACUUUUUGGGAUACAACAUAAAAAAGACUAUUCUCCAAACUGAGUCUCCAAGAAAUGUGAAGAAGAAAAAAAACAGGAAAAACA